UGACAGGCGCAAUAAUGUUAUGCCAAAUUCACGCAAUACGAUUUUGCGGCAAAGUUUGUAUCGCUGUUGGGUGCAGUAAAGUUUAGAAAAAGCUGCACAAUGCUGUUAACGCGAUCUCUACGAUGGUCGGCGAGUGUUCUGCAGCUGCCGAUGGCAAGAUUCAGUACCACGCUUCGACAGUGUUCCACCAAACGGAACGAGGAAACGGCCGACGGCAAGCCGGAGGACGGUGGUGGCAAGCAGGGCAGCCUGAUCGUGCGGACCAAUCUGUUCGAGUCGGCCGCCAAAAAGGACAAGCAGACGUACAUCGAGAUGGUGAAGAUAUUCGAGAAGCGCAGCGUGCAUCGCCGCAACCACGUGGAGUUCAUUUACGCCGCCCUGCGCCACAUGGAAGAGUUCGGCGUGAACAAGGACAUUGCCGUGUACAAGGCGCUGAUCGACGUGAUGCCGAAGGGCAAGUUCAUACCGACCAACAUCUUUCAGGCCGAGUUUAUGCACUACCCGCGGCAGCAGCAGUGCAUCAUCGAUCUGCUCGAGCAGAUGGAGGAUAACGGGGUGAUGCCGGACUACGAGAUGGAGGCGAUGCUGGUGAACGUGUUCGGCAAGAAGGGCCACCCGGUGCGCAAGUACUGGCGCAUGAUGUACUGGAUGCCAAAGUUUAAAAAUCUCUCCCCGUGGCUGCUGCCCAACCCGGUGCCGGACGAUGCGCUCGAGCUGGCCCGGUUAGCCGUGGAGCGCAUGUGUUCGAUCGAUCCGCGCAGCAAGAUUCAGGUGUUCGAUACGCAGGAGGUGGAAAGUGCGAUUGACCACACGUGGGUCGUGAGUGGGCAGAGCGGGGAGCAGUCGGAAUUGCUCGAGGCGCACGAUCGGCAGGAACCGGUCUACAUAGAGGGCCCGUUUGUGAUAUGGCUGCGGAACCGGUCCAUCAACUAUUACGUGCUAAAGAGCGCCCCGAAACCGCUACCACCGAUCGAGGAGACGGAUGAUCCGGACGACGUCAGUAACCUUCACAACCCGUACGUUGGUUUGGAUUUGCGCUUCCGUAAACGGCCGGGGUCCGGUUCGGCCGUCAGCACUCGCCGGCGUUCGGUGCACGAGCAGGAGGAUGGCAUCAUCUACGCCAUCUGCUGUACGGGAAGCUCGACAAAGGAUUCGCUGCUGUCCUGGAUACGGUUGCUAGAGAAGGAGAGCGGCAACGGUGCCCUGUCGUCGCUGGCUGUGCUGUUCAAAUUUACCUCCCCCACCAGUGAAGUGAUGGUUAGCGGAGCGGAAACUAGCACAGUGCAACAGUAGCUGUAUAUAAACAAAUUGUUGCUAUAAAUAGAGUCAGUCAAGAACACGUUCAAACACACACACA